AUGCGUCUCUCAGCACUCCUCCUCCCUCUCAUCCCCCUUGCUCUCGCCACACCCAAUCCCGAGCCUGUGGCUGCACCGGCACCCCAGUCCUCGGGUGGUCUUCUCUCCCAGCUCCCCGAAAUCAUCAACGGCGUCAAGGAGCUCCUCAGCCAGGAGACUCUGGAUGACCUCCAGACCGUCGUCAAGGGCGGCGCGGUGCUCCUGGGCGGCGACAAUCCGCAGAACAUCGCCAAGCUGCUCUCUCGCGACAAUGUGAACAAGCUCCAGGACAUCGUGGACAACGCCCAUACGCUGUUGACACCCACGUUUGCAAAUGAGACUCUAACGUUGAUUGGGGAUGCGACACCGCUGGUGUCGGCGGUGGAGAAGCUGCUGGGUGGGCUGUUGGCUUCGUUGACGUAG